ACAGUUCUUUUAGUCAAAAUCUCUGGGUACUCUGUGAGUAGUGUGAUAUUAUAUUCCUUUUUAAAGAAUUCUUUGUGAAGCAAAAAUGGCUAGUCGAGGAGGCUCGGCUAGACGCGUUCCUGAAAAUGAACCCGCUAUCACUUAUGUUCAAUGCGAUGGAUUGGCGGUGAUGAAAAUUGUGAAGCAUUGUCAUGAAGAAUCAUGCAGUAAUAUGGAGGUGGCCCAAGGUGCCUUACUAGGGUUGGUUGUAGAUAACCGUCUUGAGAUCACCAACUGCUUUCCAUUCCCUAAGCAUGAUGACACAAUGGAUGAAGAGGAGUAUCAACUGGAUAUGAUGCGGAGACUGCGCCGGGUUAAUGUAGAUCAUUUCCAUGUCGGCUGGUACCAGAGUGCAGAUGUAGGCAACUUCCUGAGCCAGUCCCUGUUGGAGUCUCAGUAUCAUUACCAGACUUCUAUAGAGGAGAGUGUUGUGGUCAUUUAUGACACCAAGAAGUCUGCUAGAGGUUUCCUUACAUUGAAGGCUUAUCGCCUCACUCCUCAGGCCAUUGCAAUGUAUAAAGAAGGCGAUUACACACCAGAGGCACUGCGGGGUCUCAAGAUUGGUUACGAGAGCCUGUUCAUCGAGGUGCCAAUCGUGAUCCGCAACUCGCCAUUGACCAACAUCAUGAUGUCAGAACUCUCAGAGAUGAUUCCUGAGGAGGAGGGCUCUAAGUUCUUGGACCUUGGCACUGCAUCUGUCCUAGAAGGCCAACUUCGCAGCCUGAUGGAACGCGUCGAUGAGCUGAAUCAGGAGGCCAUCAAGUUCAACCGCUACCAACAAUUGGUUGUGCGUCAACAGCAGGACAAACAUCGUUGGCUGGUCAAACGCGCUCAGGAGAACGCAGCAAGAGCCGCCAAGGACGAAGCACCCCUACCUGAGGAAGAUGUCAACAAACUCUUCAAGCCCCACCCUGUGCCACCUAGGCUAAACCCUAUGAUUGUUGCAGGACAAAUCAACACUUACAGCCAACAUAUAAGCCAGUUCUGUUCUCAGAGUUUGGCUAAGCUGUACUUAACGCAAGCACUCCAAAACGCGAAAGAAUCUAAACAGAGCACUUAGGGAAUUUGGAUACUGUAUUAAAUGUGAGAUGUAA